UUUUGCAUGACAGUUCAAAUUUAUUCCAAGUAGAGGGAAAUUAAAAUCGAAAAUGUUUUAUUUAGUGCAGUGGAAAGACAAAACUGUUAGUGUUGUUGAAGAAAAUGGAAUUGUAAAAAUGAAUGGAAAUUUAGCGAACAUUUUAUGGUUCGGAAAAUCAUACCCUGCUAAAAUUAUUGCGUUCAAUCAGAGUAAAGAAUGGCUUGAGGCACUUAAUGUGAAUGAUUUGGGUAUUAUUUUUGGACAAACUGAUGUAACUGUCUCAAAUGAUGUACGCCUCGAACCCCUUGCCACAAGUUCAAAUAAUAUAGAGGAAUUAGAUCAUACAACGAAAUCCUCCGAAAACCAAGUCCCAGAGGCAGUCAAUGUUUCUACAAAUGAAGAUAAUCUUUUGAACACAGAAAUGACUCAAAUAGCUCAGGGGUUUAAUGUUUUUGUCAAAACUGAAAAAUUACUGGCUUGGGAUCAUUUGAAACAUAAUCCGAGAGAGUUGACCAGAAGAUUAUUAAAGCAGUUAAUAUCGGAGGAAGAUUUAAAGUUGAUGACAGCAAUUGGCAGAAACGAGAAAAUGGGCGUUCCCGAGGAAAUUCGUGAAUCGAUAUUUUCUUAUAUCCAAAGUAAAAUACCUGAAGGAAUUGAUUUUCAAAGAGAAGAAUUUAUAACAGUAAUAAACAAUCUGUGUGGAACACUUCGUCAUCCGAAAAUUCGAAAAAAUUGA